AUGGUCAGCAGGGCAGGACUAGAACUGGGAAAAGAGGCGAUAGACACAGUGGUGAAAUGGCAGAAGCCGGGAUCAUCCAAAGACGUGGAAAGAUUUCUGGGACUGGCCAACUACCAUCGGGCCUUCAUAAAGGGAUUUGCAGAGUUAGCCGCACCCCUAUACGCACUGACCGGCGGAAACAGAUUCGAAUGGGGAGACAAGCAUCAGGAGGCUUUUGCAGCUAUCAAAAUGGCCUUAACUACAGCUCCGGUGCUGGGAUUACCUAAUGGACAUGACCCCUUCAUCCUGGACACCGAUGCCUCCGACUGGGCGAUAGGAGCGGAGCUGCUACAGGUUCAAGAGAAGAAAGAAAAGCAUAGAGCAGGUAAAAAACACAACAAUGCAGACUCUUUAUCCAGGGAGGGAGGCACUCAACAGGCAUGUACCCACUUUCGCCAGGACGUGCCAGUGCAGGACCUGCCGUGUGGAGGAUGCCCAUACUGUCGCAGGGCACAUCAGAACUGGGCGACCUUCCAGGAGACGGUAGAUGACGUCGUCCCACUGGCUACGGGGUCGUUCAGAUGUGCAUGUAACGUUCAGAUCCGGGGGACGAUUAGACGCGUGAGCACUAUAGCCCCUAUUCAAGACUGGUGGUCGGAGGAUUCCAACUUGGCUGUCUUCCCAUGGGACCCUGGUGAAGAUGGCCGAAGAAAGCCUGCCGAGACGCUUUAUAAGGAAGAAGACGCAGUGGCCCCAGAAGUAGUAGACAUUAGGAUCAUCACCAGAACAACGGCGGACAGGCUAGGGUUGCAUUUACUCGAGUUACAGGAGCGGACGGAGAGAGACCCGGACAUGAGAAUGGUAAGAGAAUGGGUGGGAGGCCGUCAGCCAACAGAAGGGGACCUGUUCGGGGCCAGCCCUGCAACAAAAUACUACUGGUUAAACAAAGAAGCACUUCUCAUGGAAAAUGGGCUUUGGUGGUGGCACAAAGUAGAUCAGGGGGGAGCCGCCCAGAAGCUUUUGUAUGUACCCAGCAGCCUGAGGCAGGAGGUACUGAAUCUGUGCCAUGAUAUACCUGAUAUGGGCCACCAGGGCCGAAAUCGCACAAUGGAGCGGGUCAAAGCAAGGUACUUCUGGUACGGGCUAUCAACGGAUGUCGCAAAUUACGUGGCAUCAUGCCACCACUGUAGUAUGAACAAAAGAGCAUCCAAGACCAGCAGGCAUGAGCUGCUUAAGUACCAGGCGGGUGCACCAAUGGAAAGGGUACACUUGGACAUUCUGGGACCAUUGCCUAAGACUCCGAAAGGCAACGAAUAUCUCCUGGUAAUGGUAGAUCAGUUCACUAAAUGGAUUGAGUGUGUGCCACUACCGUCCCAGACGGCAGAGAACACCGCCCGAGCAGCACUCGAUGGGUUCUUCACCAGGUUCGGGUAUCCGUUUGAAAUCUUCACCGAUCAGGGCAGGAAUUUUGAAAGUGACUUGUUUACGAAGCUCUGCGAAUUGAUGCACAUCCACAAGGCCCACGGGGUUCACGCCCAACAAGUUAAUGCUCGGUUGGGAAACCAACCAGCCAAUAGAUUUAAUGUACCCCGGGAGGUGCAACUUCAAUCAGAUGCAGUACCUUACCUAGCAAAUUUGCAGAAGGAAAUUGAGAAGGCGCAUGGACUGGCACGGAAGUCUCUAUCCACGAACCAGGAACGAAUGAAGAGAGAUUAUGACCUACGGGCACGGCUACAGGUCUAUGAGAAAGGGGACCUGGUUUACCUGCUAGACACGGCACAGGUGAAGGGGCAGUGCCGGAAGCUAUCACCGCAGUGGAAGGGCCCAGGCGUCAUCAUCCACAAGUUCUCAUCUUGCUUAUUUAGGGUCAAGCUCCAGAAUGACAACAUCACAGCAAAUCAUGAUAAACUAAAGAAGUGCAAGGACCGUACAUGCCCGGGCUGGAUUGAGAAGUUUAAACAUCAUAUGUCACAGGUUCAGGACCCAGUGGGAGGGCCAUAUAAGGACCUUUACUGUGUGUGUCGGCAACCAUACGAUGGAAAGUUUAUGGUGCAAUGCGAUAUGUGCGCGGAGUGGUUCCAUGGGGUCUGCGUGGGAGUGACUCUGGCGAGUGUACGGUCAAAACCAGAGUAUGCAUGUCCUCGGUGUGAGCCAUAA